CGGGAUAUCCUUAUCUGAAAAUUAUUUUUGUCAGCUAUGUGCCAACUUCAGGGUCAUGUCUGAAACAUAUACUGUUAACUGAUAACUCAUAUUUCAAUAUUUUUAUUACCGCCAAUAACAAAUUACGAGUUUGUCAAAGACUUUAAUCAUGUGGGGGGAAUUUAACAAGUGGCUGUUCCAGUCUCUCAAUAACUUUGCGCACUCACAAGUCAUUUGGAUCAUAUCAUACACAUAUUAUUUUUUACAUUGUAUCAAAUAAAUAAACAAUUUCACAACCAUCACGCAAACUAGUUUUGAGGACACUGUAGAUUGAUAUUAUUAAGGAUAUGAUAGAUCCAGAAAACGUUGGCAAAGAAGCGAUAAUAAGAGUAACAGACUGGCUUAGAGGAAUUUGGGAGAUGAGAAGGAACGGUGGACCAGUACAGCAAUGGGUUGACUCCAUUCCAUCUCCCACAAAAUCUUCAAUCGACAUUCACAUUGAGUCUCAUGACAGUUCAUCGUCAUUAGUACCUGAAGAACACCAUCACUUGAAAAAAGUGACAUCACUCAAGAAUCCAAUUAUGACUUUAUCAGCUCCUAGUUCACCCGCAGUAGCGAUGUCAAGUAUUCCAAGUUUCCCACGCAGUAGAUUAGUACGAGAUCCGAGUUUACAAUCUGACAGCAGUCACUGCAGCAGCGUGGAAAGUCUUUUGGAGUUACGUAAACCAGAUCCAGAGGCUAUUCUCUUAGGACUGGGAUUCGGUGGUGGUUCCAACAAUUCACAAGCAGAAGGUCCACUUUCAAGAAUUCCAAAAAGAUUUUUACAACCGUCUAAAUUACGCGGUAUCGCCAUUGAUGAGUUUAUGAGACAGCAACAAGAGACUAACGAAUCAAUUGAUACUGCGUCUUUGGGAUACCGCGGACUCACUGGAUCGCCAUAUGUAGCGCCAUCAGAAAUAGUUCAGAAGAUUAUGGAGCGGUUACGAGAACACGAGAGUCAUGAAUCCGACGUACAAUCAAUCUGUAAUAACAAUAAUAACUGUAAUACGGAAUCAUACAACUCUCAAGCAAUACCGGAAAUUCGACUUUCUGUACUAUCGCCCAACAAUAGACAAUUUCUUGAGCGAGAACGUUCACGAAGUCCUGACAUGCGAAACAAACGAAUGAUAAUAGGACAAAAAUCUUUUGCUUUUAAUGGAGAUGGUGAUCUUAUAGAAAUAAUAAAUUCCACAAAUCACCAAGAUUCUACUAGUGAAAAUUCAACUGACUUUAAAAAUAAUCUAAAAAAUUCCUAUACGCCAAGCUCAAUUACUGAUCAUCCAGAUUAUACUCUUCAAAAGUAUAAUAAUGAACAAACAGAAAAAUUAAAAAGGAAAAUAACAAAACAAAAAUCUGAUGAAGAACUUUUUGAUUCUUCGUUAUCAGAGUCUGAUUUUAAUUCUAGUAACAAUUCAAAUACAGUAGAAAAUAAUUCAAGACAAUCGCGGAAAUACGUACGUGGAAUUAGAAGUAAAAAAGAACAUGAGGAAACGCCUAGUAACACUCGAAGAGCCAGCGACGGUGCUCAUAUUGUGGAUGAGAAACAUUCGAGUCAUAGUAGUGAAGAGGGCCGACGAUUUAGCGAUGGAAUUAUAAAGUCAACUUUAAAACCAGCUUCUGAUAGAAGACGCAGUUUUCGGCGACAAGCAAGAAUCAAUGACGUCGAAGCAGCGUCUUAUGAAAAUGAUUGUAAUGAUUGUGAACGAUUAGAACCAGAGGUCAAGUCAGAACUGUCUUGUAAUUUGGAAAGACGUGAUCUUUGCUGUGAAAGCGAUGAAUCAGAACAAAUUUGUAGACAUGACGCAGAAUCUAAAGACUGUUGUUGUCACGCAAGCAAUACUAGUUGUUGGAGAAAAAUGCGUAAAAUGAUGAAGAAAAAUCAAAAAUUAGAAAAUAUGGUUGUAAAGAGUAGACAAGAAAUGGCGGAAAUACGAGGAAUGCUUAGCACGGUUUUAUCAGUAAGAAUGGAACCUGGUUUUUAAUUGCUCAGAAAUUUUAAUGCCUAAAUACAUAAUUACUAUUAGAAUGACCUGAAUUGCCUCAAAUAUUCUGGCUGUUUUUUUUUUUAAUCUUGUUACUUUUUUUAAUAGUUUAUUUAUACUCACGUUAUUGCGUUUUACAUAAAUUCUUUAUCGUCCGUUAAAAGAAACUGAUACCAGUAAGUGAUAGAUUAAAUAAGUUGAAAACAAAAAAAUUAUUUAAUUGGAAUGUCUUCCAUUAAUUUUGUAGCGUUUACAAUAUCUAUAAUUAUAUUUGUUAUUUUUUUA